CAUUGCUUGUGGUAUCUGCACCUUCCUCUCCUUUGCUAACAACCCCCGUUUCCCUUUGCUAAGCUUUUAAACACGUUCUUCUGACUUUUAAACUUUAAACUCAGCCAUUGAUUUAUUGAUAAAUAAAAAAACACAUAUUUUGCUUCUUGUUGUUUGUUUCUCAAUCUUCAUACCAUUAUCACUAAUGACCGAGUCUAUACGAACCACAGCCUACAGCAGGACUGGCUUUGUCCUUAUUAUUACUUUUCUGAUACUUUUGCAAAGCGUCAAUGGCAGUCCGCUAGAGCAACUGGGCGCGCCAUUGCCGAGCGGCGCCCACACGCCAAAACACCAACCACUGACUCCCGGCACAAGGGAGUACUACCUGCGCCUAUUACUAUGCGCUGUACUCGUACUCGUCGGCGGCCUGCUUGCAGGCCUAACCCUGGGUCUAAUGUCGCUGGACGAGAUGAACCUGCAGAUACUGGCAACGUCCGGUACGCCCAAGCAGCAGCAGUAUGCCAAGCGCAUCCAGCCGAUUCGUAAGAAUGGCCAUUGGCUCCUGGUGACCCUUCUGUUGGGCAACACAGUGGUCAACGAGACGCUGCCGAUUAUCAUGGACUCUGUGUUUGGCGGCGGCGUCAUGGCUGUGGUGGUGUCGACAGCGUCGAUUGUGCUGUUCGGCGAGAUUAUCCCACAGUCGUUGUGCGCGCGCUUCGGGCUGACUAUUGGCGCCUUUUUUGCCUACCCUGUGCGCUUUCUGCAGUAUCUACUGGCGCCUCUCGGCUAUCCCAUUGCCCUUCUGCUGGAUGCCAUCUUGGGGGCUGACCAUGGCGUGACGUACAAAAAGGCGCAGCUAAAAGAGUUGGUUUCUCUGAGCGACACCGCGCACGGAGGCAAUCUGUCAGCCGAUGAAAUAACCAUUAUUAGGGGGGCGCUGGAUCUCAGCGAGAAGAUGGUCGCCGAUGUCAUGACGGAUCUGAAAAAUGUCUUCAUGGUCGACAUCAAUGCCCGGCUGGACCGUAGGCUGCUGACUGAGAUGCUGAGGCGUGGGCACAGCCGGGUCCCCGUUUAUGAGGGCGAGCGGGCCAACGUUGUCGGCGUGCUUUUGGUCAAAUCCUUGAUCCUGCUUGAUCCGGAUGAGGCUGUGCCUGUGCGCGACGCGCAUAUUGCGUCCAUACCGCUGGUCACCACGACGACAUCACUGUACGACAUUCUCAACGCCUUUCAGGAGGGCGGCAGCCACAUGGCUGUGGUCAUUGGGCAGCCGACCAUUGUUUCCGACUCGUACGCCAGCCUGGCCCUAUUCGACUACGUCGAUUCCGGAGAGUCCACGCUCGCCGACACCACGCCCUUGCUCUCGCCGGACAAUACCAGCAGGCCCAACUACCUGCUGCCGAGCGCCAAUCAUGACGCCCUCUGCUCGCAUGUGCCCAUUGGCAUCAUUACGCUGGAGGACGUCAUUGAGGAGCUUAUCCAGGAGGAAAUUAUCGACGAAACCGACGAGUUUAUCGACAUGAGGAGGCGGAUUAGGGUUGUGCGCGCUGCCACUGCGCAUAUGAUUCAGCCGGGGUCGGCGCGUCGGCAUUUGAGCCGCGGCCUGGCGUUCAGCUCGCGCAGACGACAGAAGCUUCAGAACCACGACGGAGUGCGCCCACAGUCGGUGCCUGAAAGCCACAUAUCGGACCACGUCUCAGCACAUGGCCAGCAGCAUAGGUGGACUGUCAACACGACGCAUUCGUAUGUCUCGGACUCGCCGUCGUUUGGUAACGGGUUUUAAUGGCAUUUGUCGAUGGUGAAAGCUACGACGAUGAGGAAAUCAUCGGUUUAUGCGCAUUUACAGCCAGCAAAUCCAUUUUUUUCUUUGUUCUUCCAC